CCCUCCCUCCGGUAGCAGCCAGACGUGCCUGGAGUCACAGGGUAAAGCGCGUCGGUCGCCUCCGCCCCCUCGCUCACAUUUAACCCAGCCUUGCAGCCUUCCAAUUACUCCUCUCAAGCUCGCCGGCGCAAGGGCGUCCCUUUCCCAGCCCGACACUCCAGGUAGCCGGGAGGACAUGAGCAGCCGCCGACGUCGCCAACACCGCUAACUUGACUUCUCUCAGGCUCUCAGCUUUCGGCAUUCCCUGUUCGCUGCUCCCGUGCGGCGGCUUCCUUUGAGGCGAACCCGGGUCUUUUCAUUGGCUUCGCCUUGAGUGGGAAAAAGGCUGUUCCGGCCGGCCAGGUGCCAAAGCGAGCUUUCGGAGAAGCCGAAACCCCAAUGGAAAGGAUCCCCAGCGCUCAGCCUCCUCCCGCUUGUCUAGGCAAACUGGCUGCCCUCGAAGGCGGCGACAUGUCCGGGUUGGACUUCGCUCACAUGUAUCAAGUUUACAAGCCCAGAAGAGGCUUAAAAAGAGGGGACGACAGUAAGGAGACUUACAAGUUGCCUCACAGGCUGAUUGAGAAGAAAAGGCGUGAUAGGAUUAAUGAAUGCAUUGCCCAGCUGAAAGAUCUUUUACCAGAACAUCUCAAACUUACAACUUUAGGACACUUAGAAAAAGCAGUUGUUCUUGAACUUACCUUGAAGCAUGUCAAAGCAUUAACCGGUCUUAUUGAACAACAGCAACAGCAGAUCAUAGCCCUCCAAAAAGGUUUACAUGCUGAUGAGUUGCCACCACGGAGUCUUGAAUCUAGCCAAGAGAUAUUUCGCUCUGGGUUCCAGAUGUGUGCCAAAGAAGUGUUACAAUACCUGGCCAAGCAUGAAAAUGCCAAGGAUCUGAAAUCAUCUCAGUUCAUGACCCACCUACACAGAAUGGCAGAAGCUCUGCAGAGUGGAAUCAGCCGAAAGUCUGGAGACGCCACCCCAAAGCUUACAGAUCUGAAGGAUAAAUCUCCAUGUCUGACCAAAGCUGCUGAGGCACAUGGGAAAAACUGUGUGCCUGUGAUUCAGAGGACUUUUGCCCACUCCAGCGGAGAGCAGAGUGGCAGCGACACAGACACAGACAGUGGAUAUGGGGGCGAGCUAGAAAAAAGUGACUCUAAAUCUGAUCCACAGUAUUUUAAAAAGGACACGGAGCUGAAGUACACUGCCCAAGAGAGAGUCACUUCUAUUAAACAAGAAAACGAGGAUCCACCAGCAAAACGGACCAGGAUGGACAUGUCAGAGGAUGAAGACCAUUUUAGUAGUAAUGUGCUUGGCUCUUCCUCCAACAGCUUCUUAGGUCCUCAUCCCCACCAACCUCCCCUCUGUUUGCCUUUUUAUGUUUUCCCUCCCUCAGCGACAGCCUAUCUGCCCAUGUUGGAGAAGUGUUGGUAUCCGGCCUCUGUGCCUAUUUUGUAUCCAAGCCUCCCAACAUCCACUGCAGCACUUUCAGGGUUAAUGAACCCAGAGAAAAUGUCUUCUCCUUUGCUAUUGCCUCACCGACUCCCUUCACCUAUACCGUCCCAUUCCCCCAUGGACUCUACAGCUCUUCUUCAAGCUUUGAAGCAGAUGUCUCCUUUGGAUCUGGAAACCAAAGACUAAACAAGGAGAGCCUCUCUUGUUCCAUUUGGUUGAGUUUUGAAAUUAUUUUGGAUUUCUCCCCCCAUUCUAAACAGUGUGUGUGGGGGGCUACGUGCCCAAGUCCUAGAAAAGAUUUCAAAGAUGCAUCCCAGUUAGUGAAAAAGAGGAGAGGUGUGUGUUUUACUGCUAAAUUAAAAUAAUGUUUGGAUAUGCUUUUACCUUUCAGCUAUCUGAAAAACCUUAAAUCAGCUAGGAUUAUACUUUGAAGCUGUGAAAGAAAACAAAAAGAUUAAACAGAUUUAAAGAGCGUGCAGAAAGAAAAAUCUGGUGUGUCUGAUGAGGACUUUUCAGGUAAUGAUCUCGAGAAGCAAAAAUUCAGAAUUGGAUACAAUGGCUUCAGUAGCCUUCUGGCACCACCAAUAUCUGAGAUCUUAACAUCGAGAUACAUAACAUUUUUAUAGCAUUGCUAUGAAUCCUUACAGUAACAGUCAUUGGCUAGUAAAGCAUAAUAAGUAAUUCAGGGAGAUUUUGAAUCUAGUUUCUUGCCUAUUUCAGCUCAACAAAAUCUCCUCCGUCUGCCCCAAAUACUGUCUGGAAGUUUUGUUUAGUUUGAGCUGCUAGAUAGGUACUACUCUGAGGAGGCCAUUUUGAAAAAAAAAACCAUAUACUUUCUUUUCCUUAUUGCAGACAUUGUUUCUCCUAAUUUCUGGACAAAAGCCUCUGGGAUAUUCACUAGGAAAGGACAUUGGCUACCAUAAUAAUUAGUUACUGGUCCACUUCUGGCCAACAUAAAGUGUCAUCAGGUUGCUGCUUUGAUAUGGGAAUGGCUGUUACUCUGGAUCCAAGUCUGUUGUGAAGUAUUAAUAGAAUCCUAUUGUCUGCUUGGUUCUCAGUUUUUCCCCAAGUGUUGUACUACCUGAAAAUAAUCAAAUAUAUUUUCUAUUUUAAAGUGGUUUCAUAUCUGUAGUUGAACAUAUAUAGCUUCAUUCUUCUGAAUGCUAAUAUAAACUGGUAUCUUAAUCAACACCAUAAAACACAUUAUAAUUUGACACAACAGAGGCCUUACUUGGAAUAUUUUGAGAUAACUGGUAGUAGCCCUUAACAUGACCAUAUUAUGCAAAUCCAGAGCCAUUUCAAACAUAUCCUUUCAGCAUCUUCUUCCUAGACCUGCAGGGAUCUGAGUGUAGCAUUUUAUAUUUGAACCAGAGACAGUUUUCUUGGUUAUAGCAAAAACUGGAGAAGUGGGAGCUGAUGAGAGAGAGAGAGUGUGUGCGUGUGUGUAUGUGUGUGCAUCAUAGUUCCCUACCCACACUCAUCCAUUCAGGGCAGUACAAAAAUUCUCUUAACAAAGCUAAAGUUUCUAGUUAGGGCAGAAAAGUAUAAGUUCCCUCUGCAUAAGUUGAGCGAAACAUUUUUGAUAAGACAAUUUCCUGCCAAGGUUGGUUAUUGAAAUAGGAUUUGAGAUUGUAAGAAGCAGAUGCGCAACAAUCUCUUGGUAAGGAGGAAGCCACCUCUUCCUUGCAUGGUUAAAAAAAGAGUGUGGUAUGAUUUUAGGAUAAAGAUCAGAUGUGAUAUUCUGGGGCUUCAUUUUGCAGUCUAAGAACCACAGCCACUCCCAGGGAUGAAUUGCGGGUCGUGGAUUGUGGUCUUUGCCUCCUGCUUGUCAUCUUGGUUACUGGAGCAUGACAGUGCGAGGGAGAUGCCUGCCAUUUUCCUGGAAGAUGGACAGCAGAGCAACCCGGCACAAUAGAAAAAUUGCCAACCUAUAAAUUGACCCUAGAUGAAACACAUCCUGCAGGAAAAAAGAAUCCACCAUGAUUCUGAAUAUUAAAGUUUUGAAAGAUCAGGUGAAAUGGCGGUAUUAGUAAUUUGUUUUGAGAAAGGCCGUACUGUCCUUUGAUUUUCACUUAUAUUGCACCAACUGCUAGAAUGCACUAUGCUCAAUUACAGGUUGUGUUUGACCAUUUAUAUUUUAUUGUUGGUUUGAAAAAAAAAAACCACAGUUUUUGUACACAGUUGUUGCCUUUCUUUGCAAAAAAAAAUCUAUUAUAAAUGUGUACAUAUGCAUAUUCUAUGUUUCAGAAGUCUAUUAUUUGUAAAACUACUUGAGUUCAAAGAAAGUGGGAAAUAUGAAUGUAUUCCUGUUUUUUCUUUUCUUUUUAAGGAGGGGAAUGUCUUGUUCUUCCUCUCGGGAGAAAUAGAGUGUUUAUAUUUUUGGAACCUUCUUGAAGGUGGUAGAGUGUAAAUAUUUUUAUCAGAGUAAAAGUUAAGUAGUUGUUUAAAAAAAUACUUAAUAAAAUUAUUUUCCUGUGGAA